AUGCGUUCAGACAUAGUUCUUGCCAUACUUGUGGCCUCAAACGCUGUCUCCGCACAGCUUAAUACCUUGGCUGUUCGGGCUGGACUGAAAUACUUUGGUACUGCCGUGGAUGAGAGCAAGCAGAGUGACUCUCAAUACGUCAGCCUCCUUUCUACCACGACUGAAUUCGGACAGGUUGUUCCAGAAAACGGUCAAAAGUGGGCGUACACGGAACCAUCUCAAAACUCGUUUUCCUAUACUCAGGGUGACAUUGUUCCCGCCAUUGCUUCAAAGAACGGCCAAAUCCUACGUUGCCACACUCUUACAUGGCAAGUAAUUUAUUACGGCUCUUGGACCAAAGCUACUCUAACGGCUGUUAUCCAAACUCACAUCUCCAAUGUCAUGAAGCACUAUCUGGGCCAGUGUUACCAUUGGGAUGUUGUGAACGAGGCCGUCGAUGACAGUGCAGUAUACCGAAAUAGCGUCUUCUAUACCGUGCUCGGCACCGACUUCAUCCCCAUUUCUUUUACUGCCGCCCGGGCUGCUGACCCGAACGCCAAGCUAUUUUACAAUGACUACAAUCUGGAGUACAACGGUGCCAAGACAGACAAAACCGUUGAAAUCGUCAACCUUAUCAAGGCCGCCGGUGCUCCCAUCGACGGAGUAGGUUUCCAAGGUCAUCUGAUUGUGGGCUCUACCCCAUCUCGUAGCAGCCUGUCCACGGCUCUCCGUCGCUUCACAGCCCUAGGCCUCGAAGUGGCUUACACGGAGUUGGAUAUCCGACACUCCAGUCUGCCAGCCUCUUCCUCCGCUCUCGUCACCCAAGGAAACGACUACGCCAAUGUCGUCGGCUCAUGCCUCGACGUGACUGGCUGUGUCGGAGUCACCGUUUGGGGCUUCACAGACAAGUACAGCUGGAUCCCCUCGACUUUCAACGGAGCCGGCGAUGCUUUGAUCUACGACGCCAACUUCAACAAGAAGCCCGCAUGGACUUCCGUCUCAUCGGUCCUCGCCGCCAAGGCUACGGGCGGCACCUCCACUACUUCUACCGGGGUGACGGUCACGGUUACUUCCACCUCAGCGACGGCUACAGCUACAAACACUCCCGGGCAGGUUCACUGGGGCCAGUGUGGUGGGCAAGGAUGGACUGGCCCAACUGUCUGUGAGAGCCCAUAUACGUGCACUUACGUUAACCAGUGGUAUUCUCAGUGUUUGUAA